AUGUCUGUCGCCACGAGGACCGCCGCCGCCCCGAUGCCUCCGCAGCCCAACCGGGAGGACAUCGAGGCAACUUGGAACUACCUCCAGGCUGGUAUCACCAAGAUAAUGGUCAACUUGCAAGAUGGGAUGGACAUGACCACAUACAUGGGCAUCUACACUGCUGUCCACAACUUUUGCACUUCGCAGAAGGCCGUCGGCCUCGGGACUACGGCUGGCGUGGGUCAAGCCCAUAGAGGAGCACACCUGCUCGGCGAGGAUCUCUACAAGAAACUCAAGGAGUACCUCAACGAUCACCUCGCAGGACUAUACCAGGAGUCAAAGGCACACGCAGAUGAGGCACUACUGGCAUUCUAUAUCAGAGAAUGGGACAGGUACACCAUCGCGGCCAAAUACAUCCACCAUCUCUUUCGAUAUCUCAACCGCCACUGGGUCAAGCGCGAAAUGGACGAGGGCAAGAAGCAUACCCACGACGUCUACACAUUGCACCUGUUCCAAUGGCGCACACAGUUCUUCGCCGAAGUACACGAGAAGGUCAUGGGCUCGGUCCUCACGCUGGUAGAGAAGCAACGCAAUGGCGAGACGAUUGAGCACGGCCAGAUCAAGCAGGUUGUUGACUCCUUCGUGUCGUUGGGCCUCGACGACAAUGACGCCUCCAAGUCCACGCUCGAGAUCUACCGAUUCCAUUUCGAGAAGCCCUUCCUUGAGGCCACCAAGUUGUUCUACCAGAAGGAAUCGAAGCAGUUCGUGUCGGAGAACAGUGUCGUCGAGUACAUGAAGAAGGCCGAAGCUCGGUUGAACGAGGAGGAGGAGAGAGUGCGCAUGUACCUUCACCCUGACAUAGCGUCACCGCUCAAGAAGACCUGCCAUGGGGCUCUCAUUGCCGACCACUCAGCUCUGCUUCGCGACGAGUUCCAGGUCCUAUUGGACAACGAUCGAGAGGAUGACAUGGCGCGCAUGUAUAACCUCCUAUCACGCAUUCCCGACGGUUUGGAUCCGCUGCGAAUCAAGUUUGAAGCGCACGUGAGAAACGCUGGUCUGGCUGCAGUAGCCAAGGUUGCAUCCGAUGCCGAGAAGCUUGAGCCCAAGGUCUACGUUGAGGCGCUGCUUGAAACGCAUACCCAGUACCAGGGCUUGGUGAAGCGCGCGUUCAAUGACGAGCCCGAGUUUACCAGGUCCUUGGACAAUGCGUGCAGAGAAUUCGUCAAUCGCAACGACAUCUGCAAAGCGAAUUCGAGCAAGUCUCCUGAGCUACUUGCCAAAUACACCGACGUCCUGCUACGGAAGAGUGCAGCUGGUGUUGAGGAAGCCGAGCUUGAUGCCACGUUGACGCAGAUCAUGACUGUGUUCAAGUACAUUGAGGACAAAGACGUGUUCCAGAAGUUCUACUCGAGAAUGCUGGCGAGACGUCUCGUGCACAGUAGCUCAUCAUCCGACGACGCUGAGACGAGUAUGAUCAGUAAACUCAAGGAGGCGUGUGGUUUUGAAUACACCAAUAAACUGCAACGUAUGUUUCAAGACAUGCAGAUCUCAAAAGAUCUCAACACGGGCUUCCGGGAACACACAAAAGGCCUCCAGUCAGUGAAGCAGCCUCUUGACUCCACAUAUUCGAUCCUGGGUACCAGCUUCUGGCCGUUGACGCCUCCUAACACGACCUUCAACCCACCCGCUGAAGUCCAGACCGACCUCGAGAGAUUCACUCUCUUCUACAAGAACAAGCAUGAGGGUCGUAAGCUGACUUGGUUAUGGCAACUCUGCAAGGGCGAAGUCAAGGCCGGGUACUGCAAAGCCUCCAAAACACCCUACACUUUUCAAGUCAGUGUUUACCAAAUGGCAAUCCUGUUGAUGUUCAAUGACAAGGAUGUCCAUUCAUACGAGGAAAUCCUGCAAGUGACUUCUCUGACGAACGAGGUCCUGGACUCUGCCCUCGGCAUACUUUGCAGAGCCAAAGUUCUCAUCAUGAAGCCAGAUGGAGAUAAGCCCGGCAAGAACAAAACGUUCCACCUCAAUUUUGAUUUCAAGAGCAAGAAGAUCCGGGUGAACCUGAACAUCAACACCAAGACGGAUACGAAGCAGGAGGAGGCUGACACCAACAAGAACAUCGAGGAGGAUCGCCAGCUCGUCUUACAAUCUGCAAUUGUCCGAAUCAUGAAGGCCCGGAAGAAGAUGAAGCACUCGCAGCUCGUCGGCGAGUGCAUCAACCAGAUUAAGUCCCGUUUCGUUCCGAAGGUUGGCGACAUCAAAAAGUGCAUCGAAAUUCUACUGGACAAGGAAUAUCUGGAGCGUCUGGAGGAUGACGAGAUUGGCUACCUUGCGUAA